AGGUGAACGAGAUUUCCGUUUUCUCUCUCACUCUCUCGCUAUUUUCUACGUCAGUGUUAAGUAUUGGAACCCCAGCGCAAACAACUGAGAUUUUAAUUUAGGAUAUCUCCUCGGAAUAAUAUCUCUCUUGAAAAGAAAAAUAUAUAUAUAGUCAAAACUUGGAAUACGCUAACAUAGUGACGGAUAUAGCAACUUGUUUUUCCAUGUUUUCCGCGAUCGGUGCUAUUUCUUCUUUUUCUUUCGCCUCCCUUUUUAUCUCAAUUGUGUGAGAAAGGAAGUUUGGUAAGACGACUUUCACAUUUUGGAGAAUCAUGGCACACAGAAUGUACGAAGAGAUCUUUAUCUUUGUCUUCCUGGUGAUGAUACUGGUUUUACAUGGUCAACCAGUGUACAGUCAGUAUAAUGGGCGAGGUGAGAAGGAUUUGGUGAAUAAACUAAUGAAUGAAUACGGUCACAAGGCUGCCAGACCUGUACGUGAUGCUUCCAGACCUGUCUGGGUUUCCUUCAGAUUUCUACCAUCACAGAUCAUCAAAUUUGAUGAAACUCAGCAGCAGUUGACCAUCAUGUCUUACAUGAGGAUGAGUUGGAGAGAUGAGUUCAUCACCUGGAAUCCGGAUGACCAUGCUGGUAUUGAGCUUCUUAGUCUCCGCCCAUCCGAUCUGUGGUUACCCGACAUUGCACUUUACCAAAGUUGUAGCAAAGAGUUUAUCAGUUACCAAGAGACGUAUGUCAUCUGUCUGUACAAUGGAACGUGUGAUUGGCAUUUUCCCGCCAUCAUGACCAGUACCUGUAAAGUAGAUGUUCGUUAUUUUCCAUUUGAUAUACAACUUUGUGAUCUUACCUUCGGACCAUGGAGUGCUGACGUCACAAUGGUUGAAUUACAUACCUUUGAAGUACCCGACGACACCUCAGACGAUAUAUUUGCCAAAAACGGAGUUUGGACGCUUGAAUCGUUCGUCGCUAAAAACCUUCGCCCGUUCUACGUCUGCUGCCCGCACAACUUCACGGAAAUUAAAUACACGCUCCGACUCAGAAGAGAGUCUGCAUUUUUCACCAAGGUUGUGGUUGUUCCAUCGGUUCUUCUUACUAUGCUGAUGGCUCUUACAUUCUGGUCUCAUCCAGACUCGGGUGAGAAGGUGACCUUGGCAAUUAGCAACCUCCUCGCCAUGAUACUCUUCCAGCAACUCGUCGCCGAUAGCAUGCCGCCCAUCGGGGAUACCACGUCGGUGCUUGUUACAUUUUUCUUCAUAAUGAUUGCACUUGGAUGUGGAGCUGUGGUGUGUGCCGUCAUCGUAUUACGUAUCUACCACAGCGGAGGUGAACGACAUAUGCCAUCGUGGCUAAGAUAUCUCAUCAUAAAACGAUUACAACGCAUGCGCAAGAGAAGACAUAGUCUACCGGAAGUAGUAACAGUCGCAGAAAAACAACCCAGGGAAUCAAAGUCUUACAAUUCAAUAAACUUGGACAAUCCAAAUGGGAAAGGACCCCUGGUCAUGCGGCAGACCAACUCUCACUCUCAUUCACACGGUCAUAACCAUCAUAACCACGGUCACACCCAUGGUCACAAUCAUGGUCUGAGCCAUGGUCAUAAUCACGGCAACGACAGCGGUAGCGAGGAGAUACACGACAACGAGAACAGCCAGCUGUACGAACCCCAACUCAUCGACCACAAGCUACAGAUGAAGUCACGCUUCCAUCGACGAGACAGUAAAAGUAAGGAACUGAAUGCAAUGUUGUGGAGGGAGUUCGCCCUCGCUCUCGACAAGGGAUUGGGUAUCUUUGUAGCAAUGAUCAUCAUCGGUGAAUGUCUCUAUGUCAUGAUCAUCUUCAUCGCUAUGCCGAACCUCGUUAAAAACACCAUGGAAGAAUGAAACUGUUGGAUAACGACGACGAUGGUAUGAUGACGACUACGCGGGUCGAUCGAUACAAGUUGAGCAGACGAAAACAUGCCAAUAGAUUGAGGAUGAAGGUCUAUUGCAUGAUUGCAGAAUGUAGGAUCAUGAAAUAUGCAUUUGUCGAAAGACUGAGUAUAGACUUCAUUUGAAAAAAAAAACUUCCCCCAAACUAUUCAAUUGCGAGAGCUCAUUGCGUCUCAUGGAAAUUGGAUGUUUUAUUAUUGUAGAUGGCGCUUUUUUACUUUGACUGGCUAUAGCCAUCGAUAGCAUAUUUUCUUUGUGCUCCAGCCAAAAUUAUCUGAUCAUCCAUAUCGUAUAAUAACUGAUUAAUAUGUGGUGUCAGGCACCCCUAAAUUAGUUAUGUCGCUUAAAGCAGGUGUAGGGAUUAAGAAGUGAUGCGUCAUUCUCACCUCAAUGAAUUCACUUUGGUGUUUUUGUUGCAGCUUUAAAAAAU